UUGGGAUUGUCAAAUAAUAAUUAAUUUUACAGUCUUUCAAAUUUUGUCCUUUCUUGGUCAAUGCUCAUGUUGAGCUUGUUAUGCUUGGUUUAAUCUCCAAGAGACGUUCGCACAAGCCCAGCCGUAUUAAUUGUUUUACGAAUGCAAUGAUAUAUUUUUGCUGUGUGACAUUAUUGAACUUGUACAUGCCAUUGGUCCUUUUCAAAAUUUCUGCUGUCAAUUUUGCCAGCUCAGAGCAGCUGUAUUGAUUAUGCUGACAAGGUAGUUAGCACACAUGAUGCGUCAUUGGUUUCUUCGGGACACAUUUUCGAGAAAUCAUCUUAAAAAGUAUAAAGUACACUAGUGUUGAACCAAUAUUGAAAAUUACUUAAUAUAUAGUCCAAAAGUUCUUAAAGAACAUCUCUCUGUUUGCCGUUUAGUAACUGGUCAGUGACAUGAGGAGACAGGAGACAUCACCAUAUGCUUCCUUGUACAUUGUAUACUUAUCAAUGUGUGAUGACAACAAAUCCUAGGAAAUUCCUUCUUUUGAUGUUUUAUUUGAUUUACAUCUCUACAACUUGUUGUCCUAUCGAUAGCAGUUUGAAAAAGCAACCCGUCUGUCUCGUAUAAUGCUUGAAGAGCUAGCACCUCUCCUCACAAAUGAUAUACUCCAUGAUAUUAAUGUCAGAGCUCUGUCUGCAAUAUGGAUUAUAGGACACUAGUCGGGCGGCCGCCACUAAGAGUCCAUUGUUCCGUCUAGAUGCUUAUCAAAUCUCCAUCAGAACUUCAGUCUAAACCAUUGUCUGAUUUGUAUUAUAGGCCCGGCCGCCGCUUAUAAUCUGAGCAAUAUGCUAAUUUGUAUGGAUCUACUGGAGCAAUGUUCUUACCUGUUUCUUAAGGCCCCUAGGCAUUCUCGCGUUGGUAUUCUUGCCAAAGGUUACGUUUUUUUUACGCCGUUGAAAUCUGUUAUUAGUUUUUUUGGGACAUUACUUUAGGAACUGUUUACCGAAUUUCGUCUCAAAUGACAGACACGGUAAGUUGUCUUUGUUAUUUUACUACAUGACUGACUUUGAUAUAAAUCUAUACCUGUUUAUGCAUAUUGGCCAACACUUAAUCCAAGCGUUUUGGGAACACGUAUGCGACUAUUAGUUGAAGUAGUAUAAUGUAACGAGUAAUUGACAUUAAAUUGAUACGUGAUUUGAUAAGAUUUAGUAGAGUGUGGCCAGCUAUUCGCCUUUAAACGCCGCCUUACUCGUUAUUUGCAGUUUUUCGAAUACCUUUACAAUUUAAAUGAUGAAAGAUGAACGUAAUACACACUGCCGACUGCACCUUUAAACUUUGGUAAACGAUACAGUAAGCCGGAAAUGAAUUAUACUGCAUCAUGCAGCUGUUUCGUCCUUCUAGGACUCAUCGGUGAUGCUAGGAUGCUAGUGACCAAAAUGUUGUCUAAAAUACUGUACAAAAAGAGGGGCAGGUUCACAAAUCCCCUUAAUUUAUAAACUUAAAGAUAAAGAAAAAAAUUGGUUAAUUUCAAAUUAAACCAUUGGUGAAGUAGUAAAGUGUGUGAAUUAUGAACGGAAACUGGGGUAAUCAAGGUUACGACAAACCUCGAAAACCAAAGAAUCUGCCAACAGAGUGAAAUGUUACAAUUGUAGCCUAUAUAAUACAGUGAUUAAUAUUCUGAAAUUCUUCAUUGUUUCCUGAUCAGCUCGCUCCUCCUCUAUAACUAAAAUGAUUUUGGUUCGCUGCCAGUAACGCACUCCUGUUGUUCAGUGAUUUAUCAUACACCUUCUAAAGUAAAACGUUAAAUGGGCGACAAUGUUUGAAGUGUUUAGAACAUUGAAUGGCCAUUAAAAUAUUUUUUUUAUGAUUUAAGUCAUUUGUUUAUUCUUCUAUCUGUGGUAUAUUACUAUUUUACGAGUACUGAUUGUUACAUAUACACACUUUGUCAGGUAAAAUACUAACAAACAAAAAGCAAAACAUCAUUAUAUAUUAAAUUUGCAAGUUAUGUAUAUUCCAUAUUAUUGAAAUAUUAGAAGAACAGUUAUUGACUACAUGCCAUAAGGUAGACAUGGUUUUGUGUUUGGUUUAUGAGAAAGUCCAUUAAAAUUUUGUUUAGAAUCACUCGGGUAGAUACAUUGGUCAAUAUAAAUCUGAGCUUUAAUGGAGAAUACCUGUUCUCACUAUCGACCCACCCUUAUCAUGUGGUACAGCUUUUGUAAAAAAUCAUUACCUGCCGACCGUAUUAUCGGGUUUAAAGCACAUCAUAGGAUAGAUACAGAGAGAUAAACAGCGUUCAGUCUAGAGCAGAUAGGUAUACCGACACGAUAUGAGUGAUAGAGAAGCGGAUACUAGCCCAGCUGAGGAUCCUCGUUCAGGGGACACACAGGGAACAAGGACAGCUGCCGGAAAUGGCGAUGACCACGCCAAGAAAACCAAGUUACCUCCUCCCGUACCAUCCAAGAUGGCAAAGGAUGAGGUGUUCUUGGUCGAUGACUACAGACAUGUCGAGACAUACGUACUUAAUGCACCCACAAGUGUGUUAAUGGGCUCAUUCAAGGAUCUCAUUAAGUACCUAACCGCUAAUGAGAAUUGGGACGAUGUGGCCAAGGCUCGAGCUAUCUUCCGAUGGGUGACAUCAAUCGAUGUGUUCGCCCUCGUGGUAGAAGAGGAGCCUCCUCCACAGUCCCCUCUCGAAUAUUUCCUCAAGAUCAAAAACAACCUCGGAAAUCAUGCUCAUCUUAUUUCGGGCCUCUGUCAAAUGGCAGGUAUUCCCUGUGUGAUAAUAAGUGGCAUGAACAAGAGUGCCGCCUUUGAGGUUGGCGGUAAGGUGGAUCGCAAAAGUAUGGGGGCUCAGUGGAAUGCCGUAUAUGUUAAGGGAGAAUGGCGGUUCCUCGAUGCAUUCUGGGCAUCUGCUUGUGUGGUAGGGAAGAAGUCCGGGGAAUGGACGCUAAUCGACUCUGAUGGGAACAUUACCCAGGACGAGGAUGAUACAUCUGACGGAGAAACUCAGCAUCGGAUCAAUGAGUUCUACUUUUUACCAGACCCAAAGCAGUUCAUAUGGACACAUUUCCCGGACGAAGGGCAGUGGCAACUGUUAGAAACACAAAUAACAACAAAAGAAUUUGAAACUCAUGUGUACGUUAGAGAACGGUUCUACUACCUUGGAAUGUCUUUUAACGAAAACAGCGAGCAAAAGUGCUUGCUUAACGCAGAUGACGGGGUUGUUCAGUUAGCAUUCAACAUACCCUUCCGUGACAGCGAGCACUUCCGGUACAAGUAUAUGUUGUACCAGGCAAAGUCAAGUGGUGGUGAUCAAACAUCAGAUAUGGUGUUAGACAGAUUUGUUAUGUUUGAACACACAGCCGAAACUCUUCGAUUUGCACUGCGUUUCCCUAUGAAAGGGAAGUUUAAGAUGGACAUAUUUGGAUUGGAUGUUCGCGAUUCGGACAUUUUUGACCUUACAUGUACGUAUGUGAUCAGUUGUUCAACGCCACAAAAGAACUGCCAACCUCUUCCUGAUUGCCCUGCUAUAGGUUGGGGUCCAGGAGCUGACGCAAAGAAGGCAGGACUGACAGCAAAGUCGCACGGCAGUGCCGUCAUCACAACAGAAGACGGCGUAGUGGAUAUAAAAUUGGGAUCGCACAAAGAUGUACAACUACAUCAGCUGCUCAAGAACACCAUGGUUGACGAGGCAACGUUGAGCAAGUAUGCCCUGGUGCGGGAAGAGAACGGCGAGUUUAUAGUCAGCAUUCGCCUUCCACAGACAGGCGAGUAUGGUAUAAAGCUUUACUGUAAUGACGAGGGCGAGGGAGGAGACGCGGAAAAUGUCCUCAACUACCUCAUACAGAGCCUUAACAAUGAAAUUCACAACAAACCGUUUCCGAAUAUCAUUGACGGUAGGUUAGGCAAGAAACCAUUUGCAGAUGUUUUAGGAGUUAAAAUGAUGAGUCAUACGAACUCAAAGCUUGAAACGAAAGAUGGAAAAUUAAAAAUGAAUUUUAUUGCCAAGAACAAUUUGGAUCUACUAUGUGAGCUCCAUACCAUUGACGCUGAGGCAACGAAACAAAUGAGCAUGAUUGUAAGGGAGGUGAAUGGAAAAUGGACAUUUGAUUGUGAUUUACCAGUUGCUGGCGAAUAUUCUAUAAAUGUGUUCACCCGACAGAAGAAUGGAGGACCGAGGGUAUACAAUACACACAGCUAUCUGGUAGCCUCUGACGGACAUUCAGUGGGCAAUGAGAAAGGAGACGACUCUAAGAGUGUGUCAAGUGACACAGACGAAAGCAAAAUCAUUAUGGAGACGGUACAGACAUCAGACAGCGAGAUCCUGAUUCCUAUUCCACACGGAUAUGACGAAGUUCUGGCAUCGUACCAACGACGACAUGCGAAUGACCCUCCUAAUGACGACGAAGUUAAGGUUGUUAAGCAAGAUCUGAUGAAGUUCUUUAGCGCAAAAAUGGAAGAGUAUGGCGAUUAUAUGUUGGAUUUAUACCAGAGGGAUUCAGGCAGUAGAAUUAUAAAACAUAUCGCGAAGUAUCAGGUAGAUAGGAAACCGGCAUCAGAGUUAUUCGAAGACAAUGCUAAACUUCUGAUGUCCAAUCUUGGCAUGGAACCAGAGGAAGACACAGCCUCGUAUGGAGAGACAGACGAGGAGAAAAAUAGGCGAACGGCCAAGAAGAUGAUCCAAAGAGCUAUGGACUUAAAAGACAUUGAAUUGUUGACACGUGGUCUGUUUGCAUAUGAAUCAACAGAUCCACCGGAUAUGGACAAGGACCCACUUAUCAAAAAGGCCAAAAGACUACUGGAGCUAUUACAAGCCAAACAAGAUUUGAACAGUGCCUCGUCCAAGAGAGAUUUGAAAGCACUAACUAGUGCUAUAGAGCGUGCUAAAGCCGCCAACUACGACAACUUGCUGGACCUCCAGAUCGCCAUGGCGUCCCGCCUUAAGGAUCAGUUGAUGAGGAUCGAAAAGCUGCGCCACUCAGUGCUCAGUAUGGACCAGAAGACGGUUUCGGAGAUCCGAACGUACAGCAAUCCUCCAGACGGCGUUCACCAGUCCCUGAUGGCCACAUUCUUGCUGCUUGGGAAUCCCAAAAAAGACGUUAAGGUUUGGAGGACCUGCCAGGCUAUCCUUGGUAAAUCUGGAAAGGAAUCUGUUAUGAGAAAAAUUUCGCAGUUUGAUCCGAAGGACUGUUUCCUUGACGUGGCUCUAGCGGCGCGAAAGGCCAUAGAACCAUACUCUUUGGAGACGAUUCGUGACGUUAGUGCCGGGGCGGCUACAUUCUAUGUCUGGUCUAAGGGAAUGAUUGAGGAGGUUGAAAACACAGGAGGAGCACAGGUCAAGGAUGGAAUGGCAGGGGGCGGGUCAAAGAAAACAAAGUCAGUACCAAACAAGAAGCGAUAAUACCAGCAAAGGUCACCACAAGGUCACGACGAAAGAUCUAACAUCCGGACUCACUAGACACGUAUUAUAUAAGUGCAUCAUGACGUCAUGUGUACCCCAGCUAGUUCUUUGAUAAUUCAAAAGACGGUUUCAUGCCACUCAAUAUUUAUUAUUUCAAUGGUAGCUUGCUUAACUUUGUCCAUUUUUUUCAAAUAUCUUGUUCUUUUAUAAUGCAGAAGGUUAAUAAGCUUGGGGUAUGCACACACAUUUACUAAAUAAACUUCACUAUUUUAUAUAUUGCUAUAUCUAUCAACCUUUCGGUGACCAUUUAGAGUUAAUACCGCUGAGGAAUAGAAUACUAAAUAUUUACAUUCCUUUUGUAACGCCCUAAGAUAAACCUACACAUCAAAAUGAUUCUUUUAAUUGUUGUUGAUGUUUUUUUUUCCGUCAAAUUGUUUGAGUAUUUGACGAUCGAUCAUGACAUUACGUCAAAUUCAAAUUAUGACAGAAAUUCCGAUUUACGGUUGCAGUCUGACGAAACUGGCAUUUUUUUUUUUUUUUUUUUUUUUUUUAAAUAAUAAACUGCAAAUACCAGAAAAAUCAACGCCAUAAUAAUGUCCUUGUUACAUAUAAGAAUUGAUAUGCAAAUAUUUACUGCUUAUGAUCAUAUGCUCCAAGAUUUUUACCGCGAACGUUUACUGGAACUAUGUUGCAUAUCAUAGAUAUAAAAAAAGAUGCAUAUCCAGCCUUAAAUGAAUUAACUUUUUAAUGUUAAUCUUCAUUUAAUCUUAACUCUGAAUGGUCAUAAAAGGAAACAUUGAUACGUCAUAAAUUAUAUCUGUAGUGUUUAGUAAGGUACACUCUUGUUUCUGUCAGCUUCCGAAUAGAUGGAUAUAAGGCCUUACUUUAAUGGGUUUAGUCCACAUGUUAUAGUGAGUAAUAGUAUGUUAUGUACACGAUCAAAAACUUCAUAUAUUUUUCAUACUGUAGUAAUUUCAUUCAGAUUCAUACUUUUACUUUGGUAUCGGGCGACGAUUUUCAGUUUUUUCUCUUACCAAGAGAAACAUUUAAGAUACACAAACAUAAUGUUAUCAAUAUUGUAUAUAAACGAUUGUAUGUGAUUUAUGAAGUCAAAACAAAUUAUUACUGUAUUCUUUAGAAUGUUACCAAUCGUAUGUUGGUUGGAAGUGUUACACAGAUGUACUGGUUUAUCAGGAUAUACCUACGUACGUACGAAAUGUACUUUUUUGUUCGUCUUGUUGGACAAGACUUAAGUAAGUGGCAAUGAUAAAGGUAGAAUGCAGGCAAGGAAGACAAAACUUAAAUCUGAAUUUGAGAAGAUUGAUUAUGACGUACCAAUGUCGCAUUCUAGCGUUGUAUACCAAUAUAACUACACUUCUAUUAGCGUUUGAUUUUCACUUUUCAUAAUUUCACAGAAUAUAUAUUCCUGAUUUACUAGACAAAGAUGGCACAUAUACAAUUUGGACCGUCUGUACGCUAAUAUUACAGCGUAUUGAAAAAUAAUUGCUUAAUUGCUGGAGCAUUCUACCUUUAAAAACUGUUGUAAUUGAUGUAGUUAACUGAUGUACAUCGUGUAUGUCUCUUUGAUUUUGUGAUGCAAGUUCCAAAACGCAAUUGAGACGAUGAUACCUUUGCUUUAAAAGUGAUUGAUUUCCGUUUAUAUAUAAAGUAAUAUCCAUGUUAAUAGUACAAAUGAAUAAUGAUAAAACAGGGGAGAAGAGAACAGAAGAGAAUUUACAUCUGUUAAUGAUGUAUACAAUAUAAGAUCUUGCCUGUCUAACAUGCCAUACUUUAGUAAUAUAUCUUAUUUUUUUUUACCUGUUUAUGAAUGUUAAAAUAAACUUUAAUAACAGCAAUAAUCACUAUGAACUCAUGCUUCCCUUGCUUGGCACGAUAUUUCAGUCCAUCUGGUCCCGGUAAUUUUACCUGGAGGGAUUUCAACAUUGCCGAUGCUGGGAGACCAAUGUUUCUGUCUGAUGUUAUGAUGGAUUUCCUCAAGGACUUCGGUCCACCUAAAGAUCUGGGCUUGGACAGGCACCAUGCACUUGCACACAUGCAUUUCCGGUUUGUUCGUCCAUCUACAACAAUGUCCCAGUAUGGUAGUUUGUCAAUGUUGCCAGACUCAAGAACUGGAAGUUUCAGAUCGACACGAUCUCUUAGGUCUGUUCGAUCAACAAGGUCAAUGUCAAGAACAAGGGCUAAAUCAGCUUCAGUAAGAUGUUGGUGAUUGCAACACUAGAUGUCUAUUACUAAACGCAAAUUAUGAUAUUAUCAUCUGUAGUAAUAACUUAGUUUAUAUCCUCUUUUUCAAUAUCAGUUGUAAUUAUAUUAGUAUAUAUUACUUUAGUCGCUUACUUUCUAUUUCUUCUUGAAUUAUUAUUUGCUUAUAACUUCUUGUAAAUGAUCUGAGGAAUUUCUAUAGAUGUUCUAGGAUAAAUCUGAACAUUAAAAAUAAACAAAAGUUGUUGCAUUUAAGAUGACAUAAAAAUCUUGUGUGUAUGGCAAGCUAAUUAAUAUUCAAUACCUAAAGAUAUAUCUGUAUUCAUUGAGAGAUAUCACAUAAACUUGGUAUUAAACAUUGAUAUGGCUUGCUAUACAUGUAUGUGCGUACUAUUAUCUGUAUAAUUUUUUAUUGUAGUGCAUUUUUUGGUUCAACUUUUAAUGAAAACAUAUAAUGUAAAAUUUGCUGAUUAUUUUUUAUUUUGAUGAUUUAAGCAUAUUAUCCGUCCACUUUGAUAGAGGAAAAUGUUUUGCUGAAUCUAUUGUUUCUAAGCAUAUAAUCCGUCCUAUUUGAAUUUGAUUGAUAUUUUGAUAUUGUAAAUCGUUGCCAUGUUGAUGAAAGACAAACAUACUGCUUAUAUAUUUUUUAGAUAUUUCUUCUGUAUCAAAUUUUCAUCUAAGUCUAACGAUCUGUUAUCAUGUUGUCAAAAUAAAACACUGAAAAAAA